CUUGAUUGAGUUCUGUGAUGUGAAUUCGACUCGGUCUGUAAUUCCGAUUUUCCUAAUCAAUUUUUUAAUGAGAUUUGCAGAUAUACAUUAUUUGUCGCCUUGCUUUUUUACUUUUACAACGUAAUCUAUUUUGUAAUAUUGCCGUUAAAAGUAUUCAAAGAAGUUUCCGUAGAAGUUGUCAUUAACAUAUGUUCACAAAAUAUGUUGAAAUUGUGUAAAACCCUAAAGGUAAAAUAAGAAACUGUCAAGAAAAGUUGUGCCAAGAUGGAUUACGAAUUUCCUAAAAAUUUUGAUAUAAUAAUUGUGGGAACUGGCGUUAUUGAAUCGAUUUUGUCUGCAGCUGCAAGUCGGGUAGGAAAGAAAGUACUACAGAUUGACAAAAAUGAUUAUUAUGGGGGACAAUGGGCCUCUUUCAAUUUGGAUGCUUUCACAAAAAUUGGAAACAUUUCUGGUGCAGAAGAAAAUCCCGAUGAAACAAGUCAAAAAGACAUGCUAUCAUUUGGUAACCAAAUGUUCAAUAUUGAAAAUUUCAAAAUAGAAUGGCAUGUACCAGAUAAAUUGACACCUAUAUCCAGUGAAGAUAACAAUGAAAAAGGUUCUGAUGUAGAACUUGAUUCAAGUGACGACUGGUGUCAGGAAAAUUUACUGAAAGAGUCCCGAAAAUUCAAUCUUGAUCUUUCACCAAAACUACAAUAUGCUCGAGGGAAAUUUGUAGAUUUGCUUAUAUCCUCAAAUGUUGCUAGAUAUUCUGAAUAUAGAAGUGUCAGCAGAAUCCUUAUUUGGUACAAUGGUCAGUUGGAAGCUGUUCCAUGUUCCCGAUCUGAUGUGUUCUCCAACACCAAGGUCACCGUUGUUGAAAAAAGAAUACUAAUGAAGUUGCUGACAUCCCUGAACGAAGCCGAAGAGGAAGUGAAGCAGUAUGAAAAUAAAACUUUCAAAGAUUUUUUGAGUGAUAAGGGUUUGACUCCAAACUUGAUUCAUUACGUCCUCUAUGCAAUUUCAAUGAGUUCUGAUGAGACACCUUGUUAUCAGGGAGUUGAAAAUGCAAAGAGAUUUUUGAAUAGUAUUGGACGAUUUGGUAAAACACCCUUUUUGUUUUCUAUGUAUGGAAGUGGUGAAAUAACACAAGCUUUCUGUAGAUUAAGUGCAGUAUUUGGAGGUACAUUUGCUCUAAGUCAACCUCUAUCAGGUUUCGUAACAUCUGAUAAUAAAUUCAAGUCACUAGUAGUUGGUACACAACAUAUUGAGGCUGAUUAUCUGGUGAUGGGUAUAGAGAAGGCCCCUGAAAAAUUUGUCAAGUCCAUAAAAAAAGAAUAUAUUUCAAGGGGAGUUUUUAUAACUGAUAGAUCAAUUAUGAAGAGUGAAAAGGAGCAUUUAACACUAUUAUUUUACCCUCCUGAAAAAAAUAAGAGCACUGUUACUCUUAUUGAAAUGGGAAGCUUAACAGGUACCUGCCCAAAAAAAUUAUUUGUUGUUCAUUUGAUUUCUAAACAGAAUACUUCUCCAGAAGAAGACUUCAAACAUGUUAUCGAAAAUUUAUUUGUGUUUCAUAGUCAAAAAGAAAACCUAGAAGUUGAUCAGAAACCAGUUGUCCUAUGGUCCUCGUAUUUUUCACUCUCAGAUACAAGCAAUUGUAAUUUGAGGGUGGGAGUACCUGAAAAUGUGUUUUUGUGUCCUGGACCAGAUCUUGAUUUAGAUUAUGACAUGUCUGUUGAUAAAGCCAAAGAAAUAUUCAGACAAAUAUACCCGGAUUUAGAAUUUUUGCCUAGAGCUCCAGAUCCAGAAGAAAUUAUAAUUGAGGGAGAAGAUAACACCCAAGAAUAAGUAUAAAUGUUGAAAGUUAUUUAUAUUUAUUAUGUUUAGAGGAUUCCAAAAAGCACAUACACAAUUAGUAAAUUCCACUUUAAUGGACAUGAAGUACCAGCUCUUUCCUGAUGAUUUUCCACUUUGUGAUCCAGUCAAUCACAGUUUUUUGAAAUAAUUGCAUUUUACUUUGUUCAUCAUCUCACUCCCUGGUUAUAAGUUUGAAUAGAAGAUCAAAUUUGGGUUAUGUUCAGUAAAUCUUAUCUCAUUAUAUUUUGAUUUCUCCCAAACUUUGUUAAGAAGGGCAGAUAAACUCCAAAUUUUACAGAAAAAAUAGCUUAGUCGCUACUAAUCAUAUACACAUUGUAGGAAAUUGAGCUAUAAAUGUCUACUUAUGCCUCUGGUAUAUAAAUAUUUCAGUUGGCAUUGGCAGUUGGCAUAUUGACGUUUCAAUAUUCUUAUGUGUUUGAAGGCCCUUUUCUCUUAUAUUCUUAUUAAUUAUUAAUAAGAAUAUAAGACAAUAUUUCAAAAGUCAAGAGCUAACAUUCUAAGUAAUUAUUUAUGAGAUGUAACCAAUUUAUGUUAAUUUUGGCAUUUGCUGUAAGUUGAAAAGACAAGCUGCACUCCUCAAAGAGACUGGCAAAAAUCAGUUUCAACAACUGGAAGAAAACUUCACAAAUUUUGAGUAAUCAUUUAAAAUACCUAGAUCAAUUUUUUCCAUUGAAUAUUCAAGCGUAAAUAUGAAAAUUUCACGAUGAACACUCCCACAAUUACAAAAAAAAAUGGUUAAACUGUUAUCGGUCUACGGAGUCGAUGAUUUUUUAAUAUAAGGUGAUAUUAAAUAUAUAAACUUUUAUUAUCAACUUAUUAAUAAUUGACAGAAAUGAAAUAAAAUACUAGAAUCCAGUUAAUUGUCUUUUUACUUCAUUCAAAUUGACAGGUUUCAGAACUCGCACAAACCUGAUGAAUAUUUUUGCAGAAUAUGGUUGACAAAUUCAUCUUUCUAUCGUUAUAUGCUACUUUCAUAUUCAAUACUGAUUUUGAAAAACAUUACCAGAAACAUCCUGAAUAAAAAUUUUCAAAAUUCAAGUUUAUUUAUUUUCAAUAUAUUCAUGAAUUUAUUCAAUUGAAUAUUAAAUCACCUGACUUUGUGAAGAUUGCCAAUUUUGGAAAUAUUUCAAAUGAUGAUCGAUACAUUUUUUUAUUCUAUUAGUUUGUUGUGUAUCAGCUCUAGUGGUUAUGAAAACUGAAAUUUAGAACUGAAAUGAGUAAAAGAUACUUCAUUAGAAGUUACGUUAUACAGGGAAAAAGCAUUUCCCUAAUUUAUAAACAAAAGUUACAAAAAAAUACUAUUUGGUAGAGUGAUAACAUAAUGACUAGUUUAUUUCAAAGUAUGCUACAUGCUUGGAUUAUACCAGCUUCUAUCUCUUGAUAGUAUAGUUUUUAUGAUAUUGGAAAUAUUUUUUCAUUUUAAAAGUAUAUGACAUUUCUUAGAUUAUCUUGUAACUUUCAUGUGAUGCUAGUUGUAAUUUUAAUUUAAUGUAAGUUCACCUUUUUAUUUAUGAUAUUCAUAUUCCAAUUUUGCUCUAUAGAUUAUAUCCUUAUAUAAUUAUACACUUCACUGUUUUUUUCCUUCAAUCUGCAACUCAUUGUCCAUUUGAAUAAUUUGUAUAUACACUGUGUCUCACUUCGUUUCUGACCCAAUCUGUAUGUUUUUUGCUUGAGUAAGUUAUAUUCAAAAAUCUAUUCUGGGAAAAACAUCCUGACCAUUUUUUAUAUAAAAAAUUAUUUGGUAAAUUUAUUCAAAAUCUUUCAAAAUAUCUUGAGAGGUAUUCAAAUUAGUAAUGAAAUAUGAAUAUAAUUUCAACUCUGA